AUUUAAAGCUACAAGAAAGGGAUUGGGUUUCAUUGAAUUGUAGACAAUGCAACUUUAAAGAAAGAUAACACUUUCAGCUUGAGUGGGCUCUAGAACGAAAGCUAGCAGAAGCUUACACUACUUUCCAAGUUUGGACAGCUGCCGACAAGGAUAAAUACGACGCUGUUAUACUCCUUUAAUCUUUAUAUGGAAGUAGCCUGCAGCAUUCCUCCAAAGACAGGCGGCACAUUUGAUUUGUGUCGCAAUACCACCAAUACUCGCAUCUUCGUCAUUGAAUGAGCAUCAUGGGACUUACGCACCAUCUUUGGGGGAUGUCAAUCUUCCUAGGCAAUCAAGAAUGGCGAGUGUGGGCACUUACUGCUGUGGUUGGCUACGUGGUCAUUUGUACGACGUUGCGCCAUAGCCAGAAGCGUACAAUGGAAGAGAAGUUCAAAUUCAAGGACAGAUCGUCGCUCGUGAAUAUGACGCUGGAGGACGCUCAUGCCAUUCAGACAUGGCUUGCCGAACAACAGUUCCCCUCAGUGUUUUCGGCCGCCAUCUUUUUCGCGCUUUUCAAGACGUAUAGCAUUCCAUCAAUCUCGACCUUGUUGGCCGCCACACGCCAGUUUGGUAAACCAGGGGAUAUACAGGCCACUUCUAGACGUGCAGCAGACACCAGUGUACUACUCACGAACAUGAUUAUGCGGCCUCCAGGAAGCCCCCAAGCGAAGCUUGCUGUUGCGCGAACUAAUUAUCUGCACAACAUUUACCGUCGGACAGGACGCAUCUCAAAUGAUGACAUGCUGUUCACAUUGAGUCUAUUUACGCUUCAGCCUAUGCGAUGGACGGCCAUGUAUGACUGGCGGCCGCUGAGCGAAAUGGAGCGUUGCGCGCUGGCAACUUGCUUCAAGGUUUGGGGGGAGGAUCUCGAGAUCAGUUACGAGGCGCUACCCUCUUAUUCCAAAGGAUGGACAGACGGCCUGCACUGGCUAGAGGAGCUCGAUACUUGGAGCCGACAAUAUGAAAAGCGCCAUGCGGAAGCAUCGGACUCUAAUGUCGAGGUGGUGAACGCAACUCGCGAGCUAAUGCUCUGCCAGUUACCGAGGAGCUUACAUAGUGUAGUCUGGGGCAUAGUAGCGAUACUACUUGGGCCUCAGAUUCGGAAAGCAAUGAGGAUCCCUGAACCUUCAUAUAGACUUGGACUCGCCUUCAGGUCCUUAAUCACCUUGAGAAAGUUCAUUCUUCGCUACGCAUGCCCGCCACGCCCAUACUUUCUUCGUCGCGUAUACAACUGUGAGAGGCCAGAUCCUAGUACCGGUCGUUACCAAUCUCAGCGAUGGCUUGGACGUCCUUGGUACGUGAAGACGUCUCUGAUGAACCGGUGGGGUCUCCCGGCGUGGAUGCUAUGGAUGAACGGUGUAGCAAGCAACACGGUUUUUAACAAUGAAAAUUUCAUACCUGAGGGAUAUUUGAUUGAGGAUGUCGGCCCUACAUCCCACAUUGGCAGAGGCCGUGAAGAAAUGCGCACCACUUUGUCAAUUCUUAGUUCGAAGUCAACGACACGUUGCCCUUUCAUGCAUUAAUGAUACCCUUUUUAUGUAGAGACAUCCAUCCUCGAGGACCAGGUGGAUGUACAGCUACACGCCGAGACGUUGAAAGACAGAGAUACGAUGUGCAGCAUGAAUAAUACAGCGGAGAAUAAGAUCAAUUACUUGAUAAAAUGACUUCAAAUGUUUACUCAUGUUCCUAGACCUGGUCUGUCGUAUUAAGCAGGGGCAGCAGAUCCUGAUGAGCUAUAUGACUCAAUCGCAAGUUCUUUACUUACUUUUUCAUAUGGCUCCAACAAGGAAUUGUAGCCUCCACGAGUACCUUGAAAAAAAUAAAAAGACGCUGACUUUAGGUACAGCAUACCUCUGGACUUUGCCAACGACUUGAACAUACUGACCAGGGC